AUGAUUACCGCCCCUGGUGUCCUUGACAAGAGGACUAGUAAGUCAAAAAAGUGUGGAUGCCCUGUUCAUAUGUAUGCGGUGGCAGACACUUUUGGAACUUGGGAAGUAAGGAAAGCAGUUGUUGAACACUUGAAUCACAAGCCAACGCCCCUUAAGUCUCGAUAUAUCUCAAUGUAUAGGAGAGAUAGUAUUACUUCUAUUGUGAGGAGGAGGUUAUUCAAUGGUGUUGGUGGUGGUUCCAAGAUCAGUAACAUUCACAGGAGCUUAGCUAAAGAGAGAAAUGGUGUAGAAAAUAUGUCUAUAAGUGUGAAGGACUUGAGGAACAUAGUGGCGAAGGAAAAGAGGCUCAAGAUGAGAGGUGGGGAUGCGAAAGCCAUGUUUGAUUAUUUCGAUAAGAUGACUGCCGGAAACCAGAAUUUUUUCCAUCGUUAUAGAUUAAAUUCUAAGAAUCGCUUGACUGAUGUUAUGUGGGUUGAUGCAAGGAGUAGAGUAGCCUACCAAGACUUUGGGGAUGUAGUAUGUUUUGACUCCACAUAUGUCACAAACAAUUAUGAGCUUCCAUUUUCUAAUUUUGUGGGAGUCAAUCAUCAUGGGCAGACUAUUUUGCUUGGUUGUGCACUAGUGUCUCAUGAAGACACUGAAACAUUUGUGGUUGUUCAAAACUUGGCUCCAUUGUAUGGGGGGCAAAGCUCCUAUUAG